AUGUCAUCAUCAGAAGAAGAAAAACGUAUCGCGUACUGCAAGGAGCAUGAUGUGCAUCAUCUCUUUGAACUACUGGCAACAAAGUUGUUGGUAGAUCGGCCUGAAAACCCCUUUGAAUACUUGCGUCAGCUACUUUCCAGCGUUGAGGAGUCUGAAAAGAAAAAACAAUCCCAUGAUCCUACAGUGCUUCCACCGCAGACAAAUGGUGUGGCACAACCGCUUAAGAGGAUUACUCUUGGUACAUUUGGUAUUGAUAAUGCAGGGAAGACAACUCUUAUAUCGGCUCUAGGUGGAAAAAUUGAAACAAACACCACACCGACCAUUGGAUUUACACCUACAAGAUUCCAAACGGAAAAGUAUGACAUUUGUAUCUUUGACUUGGGAGGGUCUUCAAACUUUCGAGGUAUUUGGGUACAUUACUUUCAUGAUUGUCAUGGUAUAAUGUUUGUCAUAGACUCGGCAGCUGAGGAAUCUGUGGUUGAGGAAUCUCUUAAAAAUCUUCGUAGCGUGGUGACGCAUCCAUAUGUAAAAGGAAAACCUCUCUUAGUACUUGCUAAUAAGAAAGAUCUUAAAGAAAGUCGCGGGAUAAAGGUAAUACCUGAUGGUUUUUUUGAUGAAGUGUUAGAACCUGGAACAAUACAUCGUGUGGUGGCAUCGUGUGGUAUUGAUGAAGACCCUGAUCUUGAGGAAGGUGUAGAGUGGUUGCUUGCUACAAUAGAGAGUAAUUACAACGAACUUGACUCUCGGGUUCAGCGUGAUACUGAAGUGGUGAAAAUAGAGACAAAGCGAAAGGCAGCGGAGCGCCUCGCAGCUUUGAAAGUAUCUGAAUAG